AUGAGGACCUCCCUCUUCUCAACGCUUCUGGCUCUGGCCGGCCUCGCCUCCUCGGCGCUCCCCAAGUGUGGUGGUGACAACUGCGGCAACGCCGUCAACAAGGCAGGCCAGGCCACGGCGGCCAGUGCCUUUUGCAGCAGCCUCCUGCGCACCACUACCAUCACGCAGGGCACCUCGACGGUCUAUGAGACGGCCACUACGACCACGACCUUGGCCGACGCCGUUUCAACCGAAAAGGUCACCAGCACCGAGAUCUUUUACACCACCGAGGAGGCCAAUGAGCUCGAGAUCACCAAGGUCUAUGUCACUGGCACUUCGACCGAGUGGGUCUCGUCCACCAUCACCAGCACAGUGACCGAGUCCACGACUGCGUCGACCCUCUUGUCGACCAUCGAGAAGGUGGAUGCGGUGACUACCAAGACGGACACUGAGACGACGACUGUGGUCGUGGGCUCCUCCGUCACGCAAACCGUCUACAUCACGGCCGAUUCCCCGACCAUCACAUCUACUGUUGAUGCCAUCAGCACCGCGCUGGCCACCACGACUCCCGUCUCGACCACUUUCAAGCUGCAGCGCCGCGACGCCCCCGCGAGCUACGUCAGCAAUGUCGCCAAGCACUGCACUGCGCAGACCAACAGCCUCGGCAGCGUCACCAUGGACCCGACCGGCCGCAUGAUCAGCGCCUGUGCCUGCAUCAUGGCGACGCCGAUUUCCACCAGCACCAACUACAUAGCCACCGUCACCUCGUACCUGGGCACCAGCACCAAGACCGAGUCCCCGACGGCGACCAUCACCACGACCACGACGGUCAGCACGGCGUCGACGCUCAGCAUCCUCUCCACCACCAAGACCCUGACCAGCACCGACGUGCACUCGUCCACCUACAUCUACUCGACGACCUACUACACCACCUACGUGGCCAAGGACUUUGUCACCAGCACCCAGACGCACUACCACACCGACACCGUCACCGAGACCAGCACGGCCACGGCGACGUCGACCGACUUCUCCACCUCGGUCAGCACCACCACCGUCGCCACCAGCACCUUCACCCACCCGCCCACCACCACCUUUGAGGAGACCACCACCGUCUUCACCGCCACCACCACCGUGACCGUGCAGGCCGCCGCCCCCACCGUGCUCGAGGUCUUUUGCGGCAAGAAGGCCCUGGGCAGCCCGUCGCCCGCCCUCGACGAGUUCAGGCUCGCCGUCAGCGCCGAGGCCGUCUACACCGUCUCCGAGUGCCACGCCCGCUGCGCCUUCACCACUGACUGCCAGGGCGCCUCGCACGACGGCACCGCCAAGGUCUGCACCCUGUACUCGGUCGCCCUGACCAGCGACAACUUUAAGCACGACGACGGCAAGACCCACUGGGGCUGGAGCAGCAUCUGCCCCAAGGAGGCCAACGGUGGUCCCCAGGAAGAGUGCGGCGCUGCUCCCGGCCAGCCUCCUGUGACUCCUGGCCAGCCUCCUGUCACUCCCGGCCAGCCUCCCGUCACUCCUGGCCAGCCCCCCGCCAACCCCGGCGCCCCCGGCGGCCCCGGCGGUCCCGGCGGUCCCGGCCGGCCUUAA